GCCUCGCGCAGCCCCGCCCUCCUCGCCGGCGCCAGGGCAGGCGGGCGGCUGGCAGCUGUGGCGCCGACAUGGCUGCGCUGGUGGAGCCGCUGGGGCUGGAGCGGGACGUGUCCCGGGCGGUUGAGCUCCUCGAGCGACUACAGCGCAGCGGGGAGCUGCCGCCGCAGAAGCUGCAGGCCCUCCAGCGAGUUCUGCAGAGCCGCUUCUGCUCCGCUAUCCGAGAGGUGUAUGAGCAGCUUUAUGACACGCUGGACAUCACCGGCAGCGCCGAGAUCCGAGCCCAUGCCACAGCCAAGGCCACAGUGGCUGCCUUCACAGCCAGCGAGGGCCACGCACAUCCCAGGGUAGUGGAGCUACCCAAGACGGAUGAGGGCCUAGGCUUCAACAUCAUGGGUGGCAAAGAGCAAAACUCGCCCAUCUACAUCUCCCGGGUCAUCCCAGGGGGUGUGGCUGACCGCCAUGGAGGCCUCAAGCGUGGGGAUCAACUGUUGUCGGUGAACGGUGUGAGCGUUGAGGGUGAGCAGCAUGAGAAGGCGGUGGAGCUACUGAAGGCGGCCCAGGGCUCGGUGAAGCUGGUUGUCCGUUACACGCCGCGAGUGCUGGAGGAGAUGGAGGCCCGGUUCGAGAAGAUGCGCUCUGCCCGCCGGCGCCAACAACAUCAGAGCUACUCGUCCUUGGAGUCUCGAGGUUGAAACCACAGAUCUGGACGUUCACGUGCACUCUCUUCCUGUACAGUAUUUAUUGUUCCUGGCACUUUAUUUAAAGAUAUUUGACCCUCA